UGGAUCAAAGUACGGAAUGACUUGCUUCUGUUGCUAGUAUGAGUUCCUUUUUGAGUGAGUAUAGUCUAGUGGUGACAGGAAUGGAGGAUACAGGAUCAAUACGUAGGAGUACAUGGCAUAGUCAUGACUUCCGUUGUGAGUCAUGGAUUGACUAUAUGUGUGUUUCAACUCAUUUGAGGAAUGUCUUUGAUGGAUUCAUCGUGAGGGAUGGUGAUUGUGCUUUGUCUGACCAUUGGGUGAUAGUGGAGUCCAUUGAGCUGGUUAUCAACACAAAUGAAACGUCAGAUGAUGGGAAUUCGUCUAAUAGAAGAUUAUUGUGGAAAGAGGCAAGUGCCAUAGACAUAGCAAAGUUUCAGGAGAUCUUGGAAAUGGAGUUGGAUGUCAUUGAUAUCCCAGUAGAGGCUGCAGUUUGUAAUGAACCACUAUCAUGUUCACAUCAACAUAGGAUACAGGUAUUUCAUGACAGUUUAAGUGCGGCUAUAGUUAAAUCAGUCAAGAGGAGCAUUCGUACGGGUAAAUUCAAGAGAGGCAAGAAGAUGGGGUGGAAUGAGGAGGGGAAGAAGUUGAAACGAGCUGCUAGUAAAGACUACUUUUUGUGGUAAACCCAGACAAGGUGACAUGUAUGAGACAAUGUUAAAGUCUAGAAAAUUAUUCAAGAGUAGAGUCCAGAACUUGAAGCGACAGGAAAAAGUGAAUUUUGGCGAGGCUUUGUACAAGCAACUACAGAAAGGUAAUCAAUCGUGUUUCUGGCGAAAUGUUCAGAAAGGAAUCAAACCUGUUAGGUGUGGAACGAUGGUACGGGUGGGAGAAGCAGUAAAGGAUAACGGUAUUGUAUCUGUGUGGAGAGAUCAUUUUAGCUCUAUUGUUAAUAGCGAGUCUUCUCAGAAGAGGAAAGAAGAGCAGUUGAUGUUUGAGAUGGCUCUUAGAAAUGGAUGUCUGGACCACAACUCCCCUGGUGGUGCAUUGAGAUUAAUGUGUCAGAAGUUUUGAAGGCAGUUGGUCAUCUUAAGUUGAACAAAGCAGCGGAAUGUGAUGGAAUUCAGCCAGAGCACAUUAAAUACGGUGGAUUUACAUUGUCAUUAUAUUUGAGUGUAGCAUUUACUAUGUUUCUCAGGCAUUCAUAUGUCCCUCGGCAGUUUCUUACAUCAUAUAUUGUGCCCAUAGUAAAAGACAGACGUGGAGAU